CGCGCAUCCGACUUGGAAUGGCCCAGACAGCCGCCAUGAUCUUCUGCAGUGGCUAGCCGCGAUCAGCUGGUCUGGCGCUUGUAGCGAUGAUGCGCAACCACGCCAUGCCGCGAGGCUGUCGCCAAGCUGAGUCGUACGAGCACAACCUCGACCGAACCUGUCUCCCACCCAAACAAAUAUAUGCAUAUCGACCCUUCGACAACUAUCCACCGACAUUAUUUCGUUCAGAGAUUCUCUCCGAUCCUAUCUGAGUCAUGCGCCUACUACACUACAACGACGAUGGCGAGUUCAGCCUGACGCAGUUCUUUGACGAUAUUCCCCCAUAUGCUAUCCUCUCGCACAUAUGGGGACUGGAGGAGGUCACCUUCGGGGACAUGAUGGAUAGGAACAUGACGAGCAAGACUGGUUUUGAUAAGAUUCGAUUCUGCGGAGAACAGGCCAGACGCGAUGGCUUGCAAUACUUCUGGGUCGAUACCUGUUGUAUCGACAAAACGAGCAGCGCUGAGCUCGCAGAGGCUAUAAAUUCUAUGUUUCGCUGGUACCGCAAUGCGGCGAAAUGCUACGUCUUUUUUUCGGACGUUCCGAGACCGACCGUCGGUAGUGAGGACCGGCCCUACCAGCUUCCCUGGGAAUCGGCACUCCGAGCAAGCAGAUGGUUUACUCGAGGCUGGACCCUUCAAGAGCUUAUUACUCCGGCAUCAGUUGAAAUUUUCUCUAAGGAUUGGGAGCGUCUAGGUGACAAAAAUUCCCUGGAGCGACUAAUCUGCGAGAUAACAGGAAUUCCUAGCAAAGCUCUUCGAGGAACUCCGUUAGCGGAUUUUAGCAUGACUGAACGAAUGUUAUGGGCAGAACCCCGUCAGACAACUCGCGAAGAAGAUAUGGCAUACUCGUUGCUAGGCAUCUUUGACGUAUAUAUGCCGCUUAUAUACGGCGAAGGGCGAGAGAAUGCCGCAAGGCGGCUCCGAGAGGCAAUUGACGGAAAGGAGAAGGGGAUCAAAUACGAGGACUUUUCGAUCCCGUUUAGUCUCUCUACAGCCUCUGACAUCGAACAUUUCGUAGCAAGAGAGGAUGAGCUUGGAGAGAUAUACAAGGCACUGAGCGGCGACGGCUCCCGCCGUACUGUAGUGGGUACCGUUAUUCUUUAUAGCCUCGGCGGAAUCGGCAAGACGCAACUGGCUUUAUCCUAUACUCCCCGGUAUAAGGACAAUUACUCGGCGAUAUUCUGGCUCAAUAUCAAGAAUAAAGAUUCUCUAAAGCAGAGCUUUGCUAAGGUGGCAAGGCAGAUACUAUAUGAAUACCCCUUGGCCCGCUGGCUUAGUAACAUUAAUAUGAAAAACCUCGACAAUAUUAUUAAUGCUAUUAAGUCAUGGCAAGGUUUGCCAUAUAAUACGAGAUGGCUAAUAAUAUAUAAUAAUUACGACAACCCAAUACUAGCAAGUAACAAAGAUCCUGCUACAGUGGACAUUACAAAAUAUAUUCCCGAAGUAUAUCAGGGCUCAGUACUUAUAACCAUACAGUCGUCGGAAGUUGAGAUUAGUCAUCUUAUACAAGUGAAAAAGCUAGUAAAUAUACGUAAUAGUCUCAAGAUUUUGUCGAAUGCGUCGCGCAGGAAGGAAGUAAUGGAUGGUAAGCCCUAUCUAACGUAG